AUGUUGGUGCUCUUUGAGACAGCUGCAGGCCAUGCGCUGUUUAAAGUACAGGAUGAAGCAAAACUGGCUAGUGCUGACGAUGUGUAUAAACACUUUUCGACUCCUGAGAAGGCCGCGAAAGUGCUGAAGCUUAAGGGUUUCAAUGCAUUCAAGGACACGACGGAAGCUGUAGCCGCUGCUACUGAUAUGGUAGAUAGCAAGAUGAGCAAGACACUGAAGAAGUUUUUGAAGAAGAACGUAGUGGAUGCUGGUCUUAAGGAUAAGCUGGCUGUGUCAGACAAAGCGCUUGGUUCACUUAUCAAGGAAAAGCUCAGCAUUGCGUGCGUCAACGACAGCGCCGUGAACGAGAUCAUGCGCGGCAUUCGCGCCAAUAUGAACACGCUGAUCACUGGACUGAAGGAUGACGACCUGAAGGCCAUGACGCUCGGUCUGUCGCACUCGCUCUCGCGCUAUAAACUCAAGUUUAGCGCUGACAAGGUGGACACGAUGAUUGUCCAAGCCAUUGGGCUCUUGGACGAGCUGGACAAGGAGAUCAACACGUACUCGAUGCGUGUACGGGAGUGGUUUGGCUGGCACUUUCCCGAGAUGGGCAAGAUUGUGACGGACAACCUGCAGUACGCCAAGUGCGUGCUCAAGAUGGGCGUGCGCUCGCAGGUCAAGAGUCUGGACUUUUCGGAUGUGCUGUCUGAGGACGUGGAAGCUUCGAUGCGUGAGGUUUGUGAGGUGUCCAUGGGCACGGAUAUCUCCCAAGAAGACGUGAUGAACAUUUCGGCUCUGUGUGAGCAAGUGAUCUCGCUCACGGAGUACCGUGUGCAGCUGUUUGACUACUUGAAGAACCGCAUGAACGCCAUUGCCCCGAACCUUACCGUCAUGGUUGGCGAGUUGGUGGGUGCUCGUCUCAUCGCCCACGCUGGCAGUCUGAUGAACCUGGCCAAGCACCCGGCUUCUACUGUGCAGAUUCUAGGUGCUGAGAAGGCUCUGUUCCGUGCUCUCAAGACGAAGCACGACACUCCCAAGUACGGGCUGAUCUACCACGCUUCACUUAUUGGACAAACUGCCCCUAAGCACAAGGGUAAGAUCUCCCGUGUGUUGGCUGCUAAGACGGCUCUUGCUGUGCGCGUGGACGCCUUGGGUGAUGCUACUGAAGCCACGAUUGGCUAUGACAACCGGUCCAAGGUGGAGGCUCGCAUGCGACAGCUAGAGAAUGGCUUCUCGGGCGUCCCUAAUAGCAACGGUAAGGUCAAGAACGAGGCAAAGAAGUACACGAAGACAGAGACGAGCACUACGUAUAACACUGAUGCUGACAUGACGGUGUCGAGCAAGAAGCGAAAGGCGGAGGAGGCGGAGGAGGAGGAGCCCAAGGUGAAGAAGGAGAAGAAGCACAAGAAGAAGAAGGCUGCUGCUGCUGCUGCAGAAGAGGAAGUUGACAAGAAGGAGAAGAAGAAGAAGCACAAGAAGAAAAAGAGUGCCGAGGAAUAG